UAGUAUAUUAUGGUGUAAGGAAAUUGGUGCUGCGUAGUGCUGCUGCUCGUAGUGUUAUUGUGUAUUCCGAUCUGCGACAUUUAGACUGAAAACAAAGGAAUUAAAGGUCGUGCGAGAGAGAGUUCCAGCGUUAGGUGUGUGCGUGCACUGGGCAAGAUGAGCACGAUGUGAAAGGGUUUAAAGAUCGCCAAGUAUUGGAAGAAAACAGACUGCAAAGAUACCCGAGGAGUGCUGCUUCGGUGUUCUCUUGCCACGGAACGUGAAUUUCUUAUAACCAAAACGGAUAUUGACAGCCAAACGACGAUUUGAGUGUCUUAGGACACCCAACCAUCCACAAAGAUGGCUGAACCUGAUCCUGAGACGCUGCUAGAGUGGCUGAGCAGCGGCUUAGGGGAUGAACGGGACAUGCAGUUAAUUGCACUAGAACAACUAUGUAUGUUGUUAUUGAUGUCCGACAACGUAGAUAGAUGUUUUGAAAGUUGUCCACCCCGCACAUUUUUGCCAGCGCUUUGCAGAAUAUUCUUGGACGAACAGGCACCAGAAAAUGUCUUGGAAGUAACAGCUCGUGCAAUUACCUAUUAUUUGGACGUAUCAGCAGAAUGCACACGUCGCAUCGUAUCCAUCGACGGCGCUGUAAAAGCUAUUUGCAAUCGUCUCACCGUUUGCGAGCUUUCCUCAAGAACUAGCAAGGAUUUGGCCGAGCAAUGCGUAAAAGUAUUAGAACUGAUUUGCACUCGUGAAGCAGGUGCCGUUUUCGAAGCCAAUGGCCUCAGCAAUAUACUUCCUUUUAUCAGAGAUAAUGGAAAUCGUGUCCAUAAAGAUACUCUGCAUUCAUCCAUGGCGGUAGUUUCACGUCUUUGCACAAAAAUGGAACCAGCUGAUUCUCAGUUGCCCACCUGCGUACAGGCUUUGAGUACAUUAUUACGGCAUGAGGAUUCUCAUGUGGCAGAUGGAGCGCUCCGGUGUUUCGCAUCUGUUGCCGACAGGUUUACUAGACGUGGCGUGGAUCCAGAACCUUUAGCGCAGCACGGUCUUGUGAACGAACUUUUGAACCGCCUUUCAAAUGCAGCGGGUCCUUCCAUAGCAACUGGGAAUCAAGGAACUCCGGGCAAAGCAUCCUCCACUACAAAUGCUUCAGCUAGCAUACCAGAUCCAAAAGCAACAGCAGCUUCAGUUUCCACGAUAAUUAGUUUACUGUCAACUUUAUGUAGGGGAUCUCCUACUAUUACAUAUGAAUUAUUGCGUUCAGAGCUACCGGAUGCUAUUGAAAAGUCCUUAAAAGGAGACGAACGUUGUGCAUUGGAUUCCAUGCGACUGGUCGAUUUGCUUUUAGUACUCUUGUUUGAAGGACGUAGAGCAUUAGGGAAAUCUGGCAGCGCAUCUAGCACCAAUCAAUUAUUGCCCCGCAUUCGUCGUAUGGAUUCAGCUGCUGAAAAAUCACACAGGCAAUUGAUUGACUGUAUAAGGUCAAAAGACACUGACGCCUUAAUUGAAGCAAUUGAGGUCGGUGGCGUUGAAGUGAAUUUUAUGGACGAUGUAGGACAGACUUUAUUAAAUUGGGCAUCUGCUUUUGGGACUCAGGAAAUGGUAGAGUACCUUUGUGAUAAGGGUGCAGAUGUAAAUAAAGGUCAACGAAGUUCUUCUCUUCAUUACGCUGCUUGCUUCGGGCGACCGGCGAUUGCAAAAGUAUUGCUUAGAUAUGGUGCAAACCCAGAUCUAAGAGACGAAGAUGGAAAGACACCUCUUGACAAAGCGAGGGAAAGGGUUGACGAAGGACACAGGGAAGUAGCAGGGAUACUUCAAUCUCCAGGCGAAUGGAUGAUUCCUUUGGAUAAAGACCGUCAAAGAAAAUCUGAGUGCGAAACUGAAGAUAUCGUUGAACCGCGCGGAGAUCCUGAUAUGGCACCUAUUUAUUUACGGAGGCUGCUUCCUGUUUUCUGUUCAACCUUUCAAGCCACAAUGCUGCCAUCAGUUAGAAGAGCAAGUUUGGGUCUGAUCAAAAAAAUGAUUCACUACAUUCAGCCUGCCCUCCUAGAAGAACUUUGUUAUCCUUCAUGUACAAAUCAUUUUGGUACUCAGCUAGUUGAAGUCAUUGGUAUUGUUCUGGACAAUGAGAUAAACUAUAGCUGGCCGGCCGUCCGGUGUACCCCGUUGGGGGCUCUGGUUCGCCACGUUCGAGCGUCCCUGGUUAAUGACAGGCACAUUAUACAGUCACAAUCCAUGGAAGAUGAAGAUGGCCAUUUAGUGGUACUGGGAAUUAUUCAAGACCUAAUGAGUAAAGCACAGGACAUUUUCUUGUUUCAUUUUGCUCGUCUGGGAAUAUUUUCCAAAGUGCAAGCUUUAGCAGGUCCACCAGAACUUGCAGGAAGCACCGAAGAGAUCGAGGUUGUUCCUGAACAAGAACCAUCUGAAUCGAAUCAGUCUGUAGAAGAUGCAAACGAAAUUUUGCCAGGCAAGGCAUAUCACUGGCGCGAUUGGUGUAUAUGUCGAGGACGCGACUGCCUUUACAUCUGGUCUGAUGCUGCAGCUUUGGAAUUAUCCAAUGGAUCCAAUGGUUGGUUCCGUUUCAUUCUCGAUGGUAAAUUGGCCACAAUGUAUUCGAGUGGUUCCCCCGAAGGUGGAGCAGACACUUCAGGCAAAAGUCGGGCCGCUGAUUCCCAUGCAUCAGAAGAGAAUCGCGGGGAAUUUUUGGAAAAGCUACAACGAGCGAGAGCAGCAGUUAAAAAUACAACAAACUCGCAACCAAUCCUUUCGAAACCUGGACUAGCACGUUUGGUUGUUGGAAAUUGGUCCUUGAUAUCCCGAAAAGAUUCAGAACUUCAUAUUCAUAACUCUGAUGGACAACAACAAGCUACUAUUUUGAGAGAAGACCUUCCAGGUUUCAUAUUCGAAUCUAAUCGGGGUACGAAGCAUUCAUUCACCGCGGAAACUAGUUUAGGUAGGCCAGAAUUUUCAGCGGGUUGGACGAAUAAGCGUGGCAAAAGAUUGAGAUCUAAAACUGAAGCUACCAAACAGAAAGUUAAAAACCAAGCUUAUGCAUUGUAUGAGCAGUACUUUAAGCAGGCACAAGCGCAGCCAAGAGGGGUUGUUGCGCAAUUGGGAAAUAUAGUGGCUCAGAUAGAAAGGGCAUGUCAGAAGCAGUCUAGCUACGGUAACAACCGUGAUGGAGAAAAUUCAUGGAGAGAAAUAUUGAGAAAAGCUUUAGAUGAAUUAACUCAAAUUCUUAAUGAGGAAGGUGUAGUUAGUGCAUACGAACUUCACAGUUCAGGACUAGUCCAGACAUUGCUGUCCCUUUUGUCAACUAAUUAUUGGGACCAAGGGUUGAAACUUAAUAAAAGCAAUAAACACCAAAAGCAAAGAGUGCAAGUAUUUAAAAAAUGUUUUGAAGAACAAAUAAAUGAGGGCCAGAAUUCCACUGCCGUACUUGUACAUAAAUUAAUUUCCGUUUUGGAAAGUAUUGAAAAGUUACCCGUAUAUUUAUAUGAUACACCAGGUUCUGGUUAUGGUUUACAAAUUCUUACUAGAAAAUUGCGGUUCCGUUUAGAAAAGGCUCCCGGUGAAAGUACUUUGAUCGAUCGUACAGGCAGAGGUUUGAAAAUGGAGCCAUUGUCAACUGUAUCGCAAUUAGAAAGAUACCUAUUGAAGAUGGUAGCUAAACAGUGGUAUGACUUUGACCGCUCUACUUUCCAAUAUCUUAAGAAAUUAAAAGAACAUAAAUACCACACUUUCAAACACUCGCAUGACUUUGAUGAAAACGGUGUUAUAUACUUUAUUGGAACUAACGGAAAAACAUGUUCAGAAUGGGUGAAUCCAGCUCAAUAUGGAUUGGUAGUAGUUGCGAGUUCCGAUGGUAGAAACCUGCCUUACGGUAGAGUCGAAGAUAUUCUUUCUCGAGAGAGUUCUGCAUUGAAUUGCCACACGAAUGAUGAUAAGAGAAGUUGGUUUAGUAUUGAUUUGGGUCUGCAUGUAAUUCCGACUGCUUACACUUUAAGACAUGCAAGGGGUUAUGGUAGAUCUGCCUUAAGGAAUUGGUUAUUCCAAAUGUCAAAAGACGGUAUACAGUGGGUGACUCUUUCUACUCACACCGAGGAUACAAUGCUUAAUGAACCUGGAUCAACUUGUACAUGGAAGAUAUUGGUUCCUUCCGAUGAAUAUCAAGGGUGGAGACACGUAAGAAUUCAACAAGCGGGAAAAAAUGCAUCUGGUCAAACUCAUUAUUUAAGUUUAUCUGGUUUCGAAAUUUAUGGUGAAAUAGUCAGUGUAUGCGACGAUCUUGGAAAAGCAGCUAAAGAAGCAGAUGCACACUUAAAGAAACAAAGAAAACUGUUGAAAGCUCAAAUGCUGAAACAUAUUAUGAUGGGUGCUAAAGUUGUACGGGGAAUGGAUUGGAAAUGGAGAGAUCAAGAUGGUAACCCACCUGGAGAAGGAACUGUAAAUGGUGAAUUACACAGUGGAUGGAUCGAUGUUACUUGGGAUCACGGAGGUUCCAAUUCUUAUCGUAUGGGCGCUGAAGGAAAAUACGAUUUAAAAUUAGCAGCUGGUUAUGAUGCAGAUUUCGCACCACAAAAGAAAAAAGACAUUAAAGACAAGCAAAGCGUAUUAACUAGCCGCAAAAGUAGUUCGACUCCUAGUCUACCAGAAGCAACAGAUGUAAAAACAUCGGUAGCAUCCACCGACCAAGCAGCAUCUGCGGAUAAUCUAGCAGCAAAACAAGCUGCCGAAACAAUUGCGGAGAGUGUUUUAUCUGUUGCCCGAACAGAAGCGAUUGUAUCGGUGACAACUGAAUCACAAGCUGCGAGCAACGAUUCAGAGCUCUCUGUAGUAGUUCAUCCACUGAGAGAUCCUCAUAAUGACCUUUCGUCAAUCAACAAUUCGGUUUCUAGUGACUUGGCUACAAUUGUAGAGAGUUUAACAUUGUCCGACACUAAGCCUGUAAACACACAUAGGAAGCAUUACUGCGGUAGCGAUGAAACACCAAAUACGUCUGAAGCUCCUAAAAUGGUUUCAAGCCUAUCAUCAUCAAAUCUUAAUAAACCUCGUUCUAAACCUAGUCAUGUGGCAGUAGCUGCUGCUCAAAGUCUUGUAGAAGCUUUAGAUAGAAUCCGUGAAGGUACAGACAUUUUAAGAAAUAAUACAAAUAAUUUCUUAUCCGGGGAAUUACUUCAGUCUUUAAGUGGUAGUGGUCAGAAUCCUUGUGCUAUAAACUUAUUACCAAAUACGUUAAAUCCUGCUGUCAGAAUAUCUCUGGAUACUGAUUCUAAGAGGAAAUCAGAAGAGCCAUGUGAUGAAUCUGUAACAAGUUCUAAUAACGCUCGGAACAAUCCAAAUCCCAUGAGUGUAAGUGUUCCGAACCUAACAACAGAAGCCGGAAAUCAAAUUGAACCAUCUUCGACUGCUAGUUUGUUGGAAACCUUUGCAGCCUUCGCAAGAAGAAAGACUUUAGGAUCUGUUUCAACUACAACGAAUUCAUCUAAUUCGAACGCGAAUAAUACGUCUACAGGAGUUGCAAGUUCAAAUGCACAAAAUAAUGCAAAUGCAAACGCUAUGUAUCCCCGUGGACCUAAUUCUAUGUCAAGUUUAGUCCGACUUGCAUUAUCAAGUAAUCUACCUGGUUUACUCAGUUCGGCCCAAAGUUAUCCUAGUUUAUCAACAAGCAAUAACCCCCAAUAUGGAAUACCCACUACAACGACAACCGCUCAGGGACUAGGACAAGCGCUUACAAUGAGCCUUACUUCAACUAGUAGCGAUAGCGAACAAGUUUCUUUAGAAGAUUUUCUCGAGUCUUGCAAAGCGCCAGCGCACUUAUUAGCAGAAAUGGACGAUGACGAAGAUAUGGCUGAAGAUGAUGAAAAUGACGAUGAAGAGAAUGAAGAUGAUGCAGAGUUCGAAGAAGCAAUGGUGUCGCACAAUUUACUCUCAUUUAUGGAGGAAGAGGUUUAUGAAACAAGAUCAACAAAACGUCGUUCGUGGGAUGAUGAAUAUGUCUUGAAAAGACAAUUCUCUGCACUUAUUCCUGCAUUCGAUCCCAGGCCGGGACGUACAAAUGUAAAUCAAACAACUGAUCUCGAAGUUCCAGUACCAGGUCAAGAGGAUAGUGCUAGCAGUUCAGAAUAUGAACUAAUACCGCAACCACGACUUCAAUUAGUAUUACGUGGUCCUAAUCUACCGGGAAUUCCAGACGUAGAAGUCGAGUUAAAUGAUCCAACUUGGACCAUAUUUAGGGCUGUGCAAGAAUUGGUUCAACUAACUGAACUAGGCUCCCGUCAAGAAAAGUUAAGGAGAAUCUGGGAACCAACCUAUGUGAUUGUAUAUAGAGAAAUUAAGGAUGACGUAAAUAGCGAAGAGGAAGGCAGAUCAACACCAGUUGUCACUUUGUUCUCGCGCAGUGGAAGUAGCUCAAUAGCUGGUACUACUCUCUCGCCAAGUACUCCAGUUCCUGGUACGCCUUCGGUUUCAAGUUGUACAGUAGAAGAUGUACUUCAAUUGCUUCGCCACUUAUUUGUUAUCACAACAUCGAAGGAGAGUGAUCCAAUAAUAGAUAGUCUGCUUACUGAAAUAACUCCAGAAGAAUUCAGUAGUAAGAAAAUCACAAAUAAACUGUUACAACAAAUUCAGGAUCCACUAGUGCUGUCCAGCUCAAGUUUACCAGUGUGGUGUGAAGAAUUGAAUCACUCUUGCCCAUUUUUGUUUCCAUUCGAAACGAGACAGUUAUAUUUCAAUUGCACCGCAUUCGGUGCUUCGCGUAGUAUAGUUUGGCUACAAACUCAACGUGAUGUUACAAUCGAAAGGCAACGCACGCCAGGUUUGUCUCCAAGACGAGAUGAUCCACACGAGUUUCGAGUGGGAAGAUUGAAGCACGAGAGAGUGAAAGUACCUAGAGGAGAUACAUUAUUGGACUGGGCUGUUCAAGUUAUGAAAAUUCACUGCAAUCGCAAGUCAAUAUUGGAAGUUGAAUUCCAGGGAGAAGAAGGAACUGGAUUAGGACCUACACUUGAAUUCUAUGCACUAGUUGCUGCAGAACUACAAAGACGUGAUUUGGGAAUGUGGAUUUGCGAUGAUGAUGAAGUAUCGACAGAGAACAUCGAUUUGGGAGAAGGUGCUAAACCACCAGGUUAUUACGUUCGUCGUCCGAACGGUCUAUUUCCGGCCCCUCUGCCUCAAAACUCAGAAAUUUGUGAUAAGGCCGUCAAAUACUUUUGGUUCCUGGGCGUAUUUCUCGCCAAAGUGUUGCAAGACAAUAGACUAGUUGAUUUACCACUGUCACACAGUUUCCUUAAACUGAUGUGUCAUGGCGAAAUACAAAACACAGUAAAUGAAAGGAUAGGCUAUAAACGCAGUAACGACGAAGAUAUAAUGACAUCUAGUUUAAUAUCAGAAGAGAGCGAAAAGGAAUUGGAGUUGGAUCCACCAAAAGUUACGGUCGAAGAUAAAAAGCCCUGGUAUAGCGGUAUACUUAAUAACGAGGAUAUGUACGACAUUGACGUUGUUCGCUCCGAUUUUCUUAAACAAAUACAAGAAUUAGUAAAGCAGAAGCAAAAGAUCAUACAGGAUCAUACAUUGUUACCGGAGACUAAAGCUCAUCAGAUACAAAAUCUAUGUAUACAUCAUUCUUCAGGUCCAGUCAUGCUAGAGGAUUUAGCUUUGACAUUUACAUAUUUACCUAGUUCCAGUGUGUUUGGUUUUAGUUCAGUAGAAUUCGUUCCAAAUGGUGCUGAUAUUGAUGUGAAUAUUGAGAAUAUUGAAGAAUACUCUGAACUCACCACUAGUUUUUGCCUUGAAAAAGGAAUCGAGAGACAAUUAGAGUCUUUUCAUAAGGGCUUCAAUACAGUGUUCCCGAUGGAGAAAUUGUCAGCAUUUUGUCCGGAUGAAAUGCGAAUUAUGUUAUGCGGCGAUCAAAAUCCUCAGUGGACAAAGGAAGAUUUGCUGACAUACACUGAGCCUAAAUUAGGUUAUACGAAGGAUAGUCCCGGAUUCUUGCGUUUCGUAAAUGUACUUCUGGAAAUGACACCGGAAGAACGAAAGGCUUUCCUACAAUUCACAACUGGAUGCAGUUCAUUGCCUCCUGGAGGAUUGGCGAAUUUGUAUCCGCGUUUAACAGUGGUGCGAAAAGUGGACGCAGGGGAGGGUUCAUAUCCUUCGGUGAACACUUGUGUGCACUAUUUAAAAUUGCCUGAUUAUCCUACAGAAGAAGUUCUUAGGGAAAGACUGCUAGCUGCUACCAAGGAGAAAGGAUUCCAUUUGAAUUGAGUGUGCAGACAAAUCGUAAAUUAUGUAAGAUAUUUUUGCUCUGAAAUUAAGUUUGCGAAUUUCAAAAUCGGUAGGAAUAUUUGCAAUUUAAUUUCUAAAUGUGAUUCUCCUUGCUUUUCUGGGUUUGUUUCGGUUCAAAGAUUUUGUGGCAAGUUGGGGAAAAAGAGAAAUUUGUUUUUAGGAAAAAAUUGUUCUCGUUUUUUUGUUUAAUUAGGAAAAUAUUUACUUUUCUCUUACCGGCGCAGUGUCUAUAUUUACUAGGUCCAAUUUAUAAAUAUAAAUAUAUUUUAUUAAACAACAUAACUCGUUUUCAUGACAAGCUUGUAAUUUCUCUUUCUUUUUUUUUUGUAGUAGUACUAUUGAUAUAUUCUUUUUUUGGACACUGGACUUGCACACACACACACACACAUACACUCACAUGCUAUGACCAAUUAUUGUAUGAGAGGAACUUUGUUUUAAUUAGGAAUAAAUAAAUUUUGCGUUUGCGAAAUAACUCGAAAA